UACCGCUGUGUCGGGAGAUAUCGACGUUAUCGACUACACGGUUGGUGCGUAUUUUGGCUGAGUUACUGGAUCAAUCAGGCAAUGGCCGCUGAAACAUCUGACAUCGUUUUGUUUGUUGGGAGGACAGGAAACGGCAAAAGUUCAACCAUCAGAUCCAUUCAUACAACAGACAUCACGGACGAUACUUUCGCUCUCUGGAAACAGAACCUGGUGCUAGUCAAAAGUUCUGGCAUUGGCGAUACUGGUUCUGAUUCUAUUGCAGACGUUGAGAAACUUAAAGAAUGGAUCAACGAAAUGAUAACAGACGGUUUCACGGCUUUGGUGUUCGUCUUGCGGUACGGGGUGAGGUUUACUCAACAGGAGAAGAACGCCGUUCUCGCGGUCAAAUCUAUUUUUGGCGAGGAUGUUUUCAAACACUGGGGGAUCAUCGUCAUGACGUAUGGGGACAAUUUUGAACUUGACCUGGAAGAUGACCCUGAUUCGUUUGAAGACUGGUGCCGAAGUCAAACUGGAGAUUUCCAGACUCUCUAUGACGAAUGCAAAAGUAGGAGUGUUUUGUUUAACAACAAAACUAAAGAUAUUCACAAACUUCAAAUGCAGGUGAACAAUUUUAAACAACAUGUUGACAACGUCAAAUCCGGUUCUAGAAGAUACUCAACAACAAACUACAUCGAAGCUCACCUAUCACGUCAGAGGUUCUUCGACACGCUCAAAUUUCUAAAAAUACAACAAGAGACGUAUCAAUUAAUCGAGAAAAUCAAUAAUCAAAAUGACGUUCUGGAGAAUACGAUUUUUCUUAACGAUCUUGUAAAAAUAAAGUUGAUGUUGGAGGAGAAGAAGACGAAAUGUAGGGAGUUGGACAACGAAUCACCGGAAGUCCAGCAACUGAUUCAGACUGUUUCUAUAGCGGAGACUAAAGUUGAUUUUAAACUGCUACAGGUUAGAAAUUUAAUAGAGUAUGAUGAAGAGAAAGCGUGUAUUGGUACCCAGGGUAACCUACAAGAUGUGGAUUCUGACUGGGAGCCUGGUCAUAAUAAUUAUGACGUCACCGUGAAUAGACGACAAGAGUGUGGUGUCAACAUGAAAUAUAAGCUGGUGGUGUUUUUGUUGUUGGCGUCGGCUGUGGUAGCGGAAGUGACACUGUGGUUGAUGAAAGUGUUGUAAAGUUGAGAUAAGGCUAACGAAAGAUAACGUGAUUUUAAAUGAAUGCUGUCGGGAAACAGGUGAAAUAAAAGAUUCAUAUUUAGACCUGGCGAUGCGUUGGACAGAUGAAGAAGAGUUCAUAUGUUUCUUGACCACAGCAUAUGAAAGGAUAAUAUGGUCAGCACUAUGCCCAGCCGCCUUACCUGGAGACGGUUAAUUCGAUGUAAUUGCUCUAGAGUAGAGGUAACUAUGACGAGAUAGGUAAGACUGUAUUAUGUCUACAGACUGGUUAACUUGAAUUAUGGAUGUCUAUUAAUCGAUACAUUUAUUGAUGUGGAGAAAGAGUUGAAGUUAUGUCAUAGCUUUUGUGUGACGUGUGGUUGGGGUAUUGUUUAAUAACUAUUUGUGAAGUUAAGUUAUAGCGAUUUACAAAUUGGUGAUGUUAAAUUAUAGCUGCCUGUAGAAUGUCAAAGGUAGAUCGUAGCUUCUAACAGACUGGUGUAGUUUAA